AUAAAAUUGAGAAACGAUUUAUGCGAAGUAGUGGUCCCGGUGGUCAGAACGUUAAUAUGGGUAUGUGCUUGAUUGCAUUAUUAAUUGCAGUUGAUUUGCAUUCAGUGAACACAAAAUGUCAAAUACGAUUCAAUUUAAAUGAAGCAGAUUGGUUGAGUCCGGAAAUUCAGGAAGUAUUCCGGAAACGUUUUGCUCGAUUGCUUAAUAAACAACAUGAUGUUGUAAUUUCAUCCGAUAUAUCAAGGAUUCAGACAGAAAAUCAAAAAGAUUGUUUUAAAAAGUUGCAAGCUAUGUUGCUGGAAUGCAACAAUGAGCUACUGAAUAACAGAUCACCGACAGAUCAGGAUAAAUUAAUUAUGGGUGAUAGAGCAAGAAGAGCAGCACAGCGAAGAUUGUAUGCAAAACGUAUUCAUUCUCAGAAGAAGAAAAGUCGAGAUCCGUAUGAAUCUAUUUGA